AUGCUUGAUGCUAAACAUCCUGAAGCUGCAAUAUUAGUCUCAACCAAAUUAGAGUCCAGCGAAGUGGUGGAACAUUUAUCGACUCAGGAAAAAGCAAAGAAUCUAAUUCCCAGACCUUUUUUUCUCAAGUGGAAUAAAGCUAAAAAUCUAAGGAUGACUUCAACCCAGUCAACUUCUGAUUUAUAUCGAUUAUUUCAACAUCCAGAUAAUGUUUUGACCCCAAGGGAGAUCAGAAAUGGAAAUGGCAGGCCAGAGAAUGAGAUGCAGUUGUUGCGUGUGCAACAAAUGGUUCCCCACAACGCAUAUACAUUUCAAUGUGCAAUAUGUCUAACUGUAAUCCUGGUUCAACCGAACAAUCAUCUAGGCCAAGCUCAUGACUCAAUAUGCCACUCAGCUAGCAGAAUGAAGAAUUUGCUUAAUAGAGCAUCCAGUAACAUUAAUACAAUGGCAGCUUCAGUGAAUAGCUGCGCUUUUCUGGGGCGUCAGGGUGUUACAAUUGUGAGACCACUGUCCCAAGGAACCAAACUUCCUGCCUUCAUUGAUGCAUGCCACAGUGGCACUGUUGAUCUGCCAUUUUUAUACCGAAUGAAUAGGUCAGUGCUGUCCUUUCGUGAUUGGAUCAACCCAAACUGGCCAUUUGCGAGAAUUCUUCAUUUUUAG